GUCAGAUCUGCGGUACUGCUGCACCUUCAGCUCGUCUUACUACUGGUGGAUGCUACUUUUCUACCUGGACUACUAUAUCAUUUGGCUUCUAGAUCAACUAUGAGCGUACCUUCAAGCGCUCCUCCUAUUCCUCCCACAACCUUCCAAACACCGAAUGGAUCGAAUAGUGCAUCACCCAAAGAUCUUCGAGACUUUCUCAAAUCUUUAAAUGAUGACAAUCCACCAUUAGUACUAGACAAACCACUUUGGCUGCGCCUGAUUGCUAGCCUCCUGGAGCAAGUCUUUGGUUGCUUUCCUUAUUUCAAGCCAACAAUGCUGGGCACCACCAACGAGCGCAUCGAGCUCACAGACGUCACGCUCGAUGUCUUUUCACGUGUCGGAAAAAGGGCUGACUCGCUUGACUGGCUUUAUUCUGAUGAGGAGCAUCUAUCCAAAAAAGUAUUUGUGCACCUUUUGGGCCUUUGCACUUCAACGGAAUCAUGGUUGGAAGUCGUCGAUUCAGGCGAUUCAGGCGGUGCAUCUCACACGCUCUAUUCCAAGGCUUGCGGAACUCUCGUUGAGUUCUUACAACUUUUGUCAUUUUCAAGUGUUCCAGGAGGAGAUUCUAGUGAUCUACAAAGGGGAGUCCUGCAGGACAUUUUGUAUGAAGCGACAAACUUGUGUACUACAAUGAUCUCUGCUCGACACGAAUCAUGUCCUCUUGACGUGCACUGGUUCUCUACCCCACCGUGUUUGAAGACCACGACUGAAGACUGUUCCAUUCCGGUAUUAUCAUUACACGUCAGAUUAUUUUCAUGCUUAGGCAUCCUUUAGUGCCCUAUAGACACCCUAAACGUGAUCAGGCUCCCAUCCCCUUCUCACUUUUCCGUCCUGACCAGCAUCAUCAUCGAACUAUUCGGCAAACUGUUUUCAACUGCAAAGCUUUCUUACUUCAUCACGGCUGCUAUGCUCCGUCACGUCUCUGAACUGACUCGUCGUGUAUACGAUUUUUGCUCUGAAUGUCCUACCUCGCCUGCAACAAGAUCCAGGUGCCUGCUUCGAGUAGCUGCUGCUGCUCACGCCCUUAUGAGUAGUGACCCAUCU